AGCUCACACCUGUUGCAGAUCAGGGAUCAGGUAGGCGAGCAGGACACAAGAGGGGGGGCUGUUUGGGGGGCGGCUCCCGGCGGCGUUUCCAGCCAAUCAUCGCGCCGUUCCCUGGACAGCGGCUUUCACGGUGCCAGCUGAGCUUCAGGUCAGAGAGCCAGCCGCUGUGGGAGUUUUCAGAUCAGCAAGUGAAGAAAAGUUUUGACAAGCGGACCUGCGGGCUCCUUCUGUCAGCAGCAGCAGCUCCGUUCAGUCCCAGCCUGUGUGCGGUGUUUCUGCGGGUGACAGGCUGUACAAUCCUCGGCAGUGUUCUGAGACUGUACGGCCCCGAUUCCCCUCCAGCCUGGGCGGUCACAGUCAGCCUGGUUUCAUGGACUAACCAACACUUGACAGGCUUAAUGACAUGAUCUGUGACAGAGGGCUCCUUCAGACCUGCGCACUUCGAUGUAAUACCUACACUUUUUACUUCUUUUGACUCUAAAGUUGGACCUAACUUUGACUGUCGGGGAAUUACAACAUUGUUAUCGUGCAUAAGAGAAAACAUGACGGCCGAAAAGGAGAAAAAGAGGAGCAGCUCAGAGCGGCGCAAGGAGAAGUCUCGGGAUGCAGCUCGCUGCAGGCGCAGCAAAGAGACGGAGGUUUUCUAUGACCUUGCUCACCAGCUGCCUUUACCCCACAGCAUCAGCUCUCACCUGGACAAGGCCUCCAUCAUGAGGCUGGCUAUCAGCUUCCUACGCACACGCAAGCUGCUCGCCACGGGCUGUAGCAGCAGCAGCAGCAGCAGCCGUGACGACGAGGAGGACAGACAGAUGGACAGUUUGUACCUGAAGUCUCUGGAGGGCUUCAUCACCGUGGUAACGUCCGACGGCGACAUGAUAUUUCUGUCCGAGAACAUCAACAAAGUCAUGGGGCUCACGCAGGUGGACCUCACUGGUCACAGCAUCUUUGACUUCACCCAUCCAUGCGACCACGAGGAGAUCAGAGAGAAUCUCAGCCUGAAGACAGCUGGCAGUGGCUUCUGUAAAAAAGGCAAAGAGCUGAGUACUGAGCGAGAUUUCUUCAUGAGGAUGAAAUGCACAGUGACCAACAGAGGACGCACCGUCAACCUCAAGUCAGCCAGCUGGAAGGUGCUGCACUGCACCGGACACCUGAAGAUGUACAACAGUUUCCCUCCGCGAGGGUUAUGUGGCUUCAAAGAGCCUCCACUCACCUGCGCCGUGCUGAUGUGCGAACCCAUCCCACACCCGUCCAACAUCGACACACCACUGGACAGCAAGACCUUCCUGAGCAGACACAGCAUGGACAUGAAGUUCACCUACUGUGACGAGAGGGUAACAGAGUUGAUGGGUUACACUCCUGAGGAUCUGCUGGGUCGUUCAGUCUAUGACUUUUACCACGCCCUGGACUCAGACAGCGUCACCAAGAGCCACCACAACUUGUGUGCCAAGGGUCAGGCAGUCAGCGGUCAGUAUCGUAUGCUGGCUAAGAACGGAGGCUACGUCUGGGUAGAAACCCAAGGAACUGUUAUUUAUAACAGCCGCAACUCCCAGCCCCAGUGCAUUGUGUGCAUAAAUUAUGUCCUCAGUGACAUUGAGGAGAAGUCGAUGAUUUUCUCCUUGGAGCAGACAGAGUCCCUGUUCAAACCAUGCCACAUGAGCAGCUUCUUCACUGCUGGAGGUGCAGCCGUGACUGAAGAGCCGGGAGAUGCCCUCUUCACCAAACUCAAAGAGGAGCCGGAGGACCUCGCCCAGCUGGCUCCAACACCUGGAGACACAAUCAUCACCCUCGAUUUCCGUCACACUCAGUUUGAGGAGCCUCAGCAGCCAGCAGGAUACACCCAGGCGUCUGCUGCAGCUAUGCCCCCUCCGGGACCUCCAUCCUGGGCCAGCGAGAGCCACAAGCCUGCACCUCCAGCAUCAGGCCAAACCCCGGCUCCAGUUCCAAGGGACAUGGUUAAAAUGGCCGGUGCAUUCACUGUGCAGCAGCAUCCGCCACCGGGCAGCGCCACUCCGAGCCUCAGCAGCUGUUCCACGCCCAGCAGCCCAGGUGAUUACUACAGCUCAGUGGAGAGUGACCUGAAGGUAGAGCUGACUGAGAAGCUAUUUGCUCUCGAUGCAGAGGACAACAACAGUCCUGCAAACACUGAGAGGGACUUGAGUGACUUAGACCUGGAGACUUUGGCUCCUUACAUCCCGAUGGAUGGUGAAGAUUUCCAGCUGAAUCCCAUCAUCUCAGAGUCAGAGCCCAUGGAGGGGGGUCCAGCAGGAUCCAUGGGGAGCAACAGCAGCCUGCCCCAAACACACAAGGCCACCCAACAGAGUUUCAGCAACAUCGCCAGCCUCUUCCAGCCCUUGUCCUCCCCUCCUCAGCCCCAAGGCCACUACCGGCACCAGCCAGCUGCGUCCUGGACUGCUGGGGAGAAGAGAGGCUCCAGCCAGGGGCCGGUGGACCCCCGUGCAGGGUCUUACAUGAUGGGGCACAUGCAGAAUCCCCCGUACCAGGCACCAGCCAGCACCCCUCUGUCCUCCAUGGGUGGCAGGCAGAACCUGCAGUGGCCACCGGACCCUCUGUUAACCUACCAACAACAACCACGAGCCACCAAGGCCUACCUGAUGGACGCUUUGUCAGGAGAGGAGCGCCUGUCCUGCCAACAGAACAUGCCACAUCUCAUGCAGAAACAGAGGUCCAUUGACAACUUUGUACAAGCCUACAGAGACAUGAGUCCAGCCAGAGUGGCCAUGGCAAACAGUGUCAAGCGCUCCUUCAACCAGAUGUCUAUGGGUGAAAAUAAGCUGUCAGAAAUCAUGUGGAAGAAGAUGAGGGGUGACAGUUGUGCCACCAUGGACCGCUCCCUCAGCGCAGGAUCACUGACAGAGUCAGGGAUGGGGAGGAUGAUGCCAGGUAGCAUGUCUUCAUGUCUCAGCUCUCUGCAGCAACACAGGAAGUCUCAGUAUCCAGGAAAUGGGAUAGCUGGUGCAAAUGAGAAACCCUUUCCCCACAAGAGCUGCACCUACACACAGUACAACAUGCUGCCUUCUAACAAGACUGAGGGUAUAGCCAGCCGUUUGCUGGGCCCUUCUUUUGAGUCCUCCUGUCUGCCAGAGUUGACCCGUUACGACUGCGAGGUCAACGUCCCGCUGCAGGGCAACCUGCACCUCCUCCAGGGCUGUGACCUGCUGAGAGCCCUGGACCAGGCUACCUAGAGCGCCAGAUUCAUAGACCCAACUUACUCCCAGCCCUGAGCCUCAAGCCUUUCUUUACCUCUGGGCUUUCUGAGAGCCCCGAUGCUAAGCUACCUAUAGGGAAUGGUAUUCAUAACCACAUCCUGUCUUAUUUAGCUUAUUUGGCUCAGCCCCGCACUCUGUUCCCUGUCCCUUUUAUAGCUCUGUACCUAAACCAUCUAAACAAGCUAAGAUAUCAGGGUCAAGCCACUAACGUCCCCUUUCCUCCAAAGCUCUCGACUCAAAUGAGAUGUACAAAAGUUGCCCUGCAUUGACCACCCACACACACACCACACAUAUAAGAUAACAUGGGUCACUUGGUGGAAAAAGGUCAACAUGAUACAAUUAACUAACUGUACAAAAUAAUGCAACACCUGUGUCAGUAAGUCUUGACACUGGGAUUUAUUGCUGGUCAUCAGGUCUGAUGUAAACGUCUCUCACAGGUCAGCUCUGUGUUUGGAAACUGAAUCCCACAUCGCUAAUCCCCCUUUUACACGAAAGACCAGAGUUCAGCCUGAACACAAACGCACAACCUGCCUUAAAGGCCAUCGCUGCAGAUACAUUUACAGCCAUACACCCCCGACCACCAGCGGUUUCCUAAGGCUUAGCAGGGUUGGUAUCCAUGGCCAGGUUACAUAUAGUUAUGGAAUUCAAACCUACAACCUGUAUCUUAUCCAGAUCCAGUCUCCCCACAGAUCUACACCCUGGUAUGAACUCUAUGCAGCUCAGUCCCCAACCCUACCUUCUCUUUAUCAGCUUACUCAUUUAGCUCAGACGAGAAGAUAUUAUAUUACCUGCACAUUAAGAGAACUAUGUUCUUUCACUUUGUGUAUAUGACCAGCAAUUGGACCCAGCCCAUGUUUCUAGUUCCAGUCAUAGCCUCAAGCAAGCGUUGGAUAUCAUGAACUUGUUCUGAAUUGUAGCCACUUACAAAUUUCUAUGAACCAAGGAUUCUUUACAAAACAUGCUCUUUGAUUCUGCUUAUUGAUUCCCCCCUCCCCCCCAAAAGAUGAAUUUUUAAAUCACUGCAGUGCAAUAUGCUGGACCGGGGCAAUUUAAAGUGUGGCUAAAUGUAAUAACUUUGCCAAAAUAAUUAAUUCAGGUAUUAAUUAUUAGUAUUGUUUUCCUUUAGCACGGUAUAAGGCUGGUAAUAGCAGUGGGUCGCAACUUUUUUGGCUCGCAAUGUGUGAAAUGAAGUGUGUUGCCUUUGCGACCUCGCACCCUUGUUACAUCAUCUCCUGAAUCAGAUAAUGCUAGCUUAGGACAUCCAACUCGAGUAAAAAUCAAAACAUUUAACUUAUGUACGUGGCAAUAUAGAGAAUAUUUCUAUUGUUUUUUUAUUGCAUCAUAAAACACUUCAUCAUAUAUGGUAAGUUGCUUAAGAUAAAAAAGAUCAACAUGAUGUGAAUCAGAAUCAAACAGAAUCAGAAUCAAAAUGAUACCCAACUCUGCUCAAGCAUUGUCCACCUACACAGACAGUCAUCAAGCUGCCUCUUCUUGCCUGAAUCCAUCCCACCUGAGUCACUGUAACAUCAUCAUCUGCUCUGUUUAACUAAAGUAGUGCAGCCUGAUGAUUCUCACAACAUAAACUGGUUUACUGUGGCAUUAAAUCUGUUUGGGUCAACUUUAAUGACAUACUAAUUAAAAGAAAUAACGUAAUAUAAUGCAUAAUUAUUCUCCUGUUAUUGAAUUGAGACGUUUUAGCUUUUAUCAGAUCUCCUCACGUUAUUCGAUCCAAAUCGACGGGACACUUUACCAUAGCAAUACUGCUUUGUUUCUCCUCUCUCAUUUAUUUUUUGUGUCUAACUCCAAGACACACAAAUAAACAUAUAUUGCAACACAUACUGUAAGAAUAUCAAGUUUUGUUUUUUCUGUUUUUCUAUCUUCUCUUCUUAAACCUGUCUUUGAUUUAUCUAAACAUGUCUUUCUCAGUCACGUAAGUAGCUCAUGUGACUACAGGGUUUUUUCUUAUUGUGCAAUUAUUUCAUUGAGCUAAAGCUUAUAUAGUCAGCAACAAAGCUAUCCUUAUUCACCACAUUGAUAGCUUGUACAAAGGAUCUGAUUUACACACACUGUAAGAGUUUACAAUAUUGUAGGCUUACACACACUUCACGCAAUACAGAAAGCCAUAAAAACCAGUGUUGUGCACUAUCUAAGGGGUGGGGAUGAGGAUGAAAAUGGCGCACCGCUCCUGCAAGUGUUUAGGCUCUUUAACGUCAGAGCACGUAUACGUUUCCUUGUAUUGCUGACCUUUGUCAAAUGCAGACCAUGCGGUUUUACAUUUGAUGUAUUUUUUUCUCCUGGUCCAGGCAGCCAUUGGUUUCCAUUCAUUUCUGUGUACUAUGAAAAUCAAUUAGACUUUUGAAACUUGCUUAGGUUGUGUAAUACAUCAUAGGUAAACACCAAGUCUGCUUUUUUUCCUUUGGUCAAAGUUACAGUAUCUGUGCGUGGUAACGCUUGAUUUGAAAGGUCUGCACUGCAUUACCUGAUUGAUUUAAUUCAUAAUUCUAAAUACAUUCAUAAUUCAUAAUUCUAAAUACAUUGUUGCAGGCCUACACUGUAGGCCUGCAACAAACGAGUAUUUUCACCAUCAAUUAAUCUGCAGAUUUUCUGGAUUAUUUGCAUUGUCUAUGAAAUAUAAGAAAAUAGUGAAAGAUUUAUUUCCAAGAGCCCAAGGUAGCGUAUUCAAAUGUCUUGUUUUAUCUGACAAUCAGUCCAAAGAUAUUUCAGUUUGCUAUCCUAUAUGGCAAAGAAACACAUACGAUAUACAUUACAUGCAAAAGCAGAGCAGCUAAGUUUACAUGUUCUAAGCGUCAUAAUUCAUAAUCAAGCUACAAAUGACUGAAAAGUCUUAUUUUCAUUUCUUAUUCUAGAAUUUUUACAUAACUAUUAACUACAGUAUAAUGUAACUGAGCGCUGCCAUUCAUUUUCACGCAGAAAUGAAUAGAAACCAGUGUCUGCCUGGAUUGGUAGAAAAACUAUUCUAAACCACAGCAACAUGGUUUGCAGAAUGGUUAGUUGUAAUGUAAAGUGUGUGACAUUUAUAGUAAAUGGGCAAAAUGGGUAAAACUUCACUGGUAUGCCCCUUUAAGCUAUCUGGAGGAUAUUUGGGGUGUGUGAAGGGCAUUUGAGCCAAUCAGAAGUGCAAUAGGAGGAAUCAAAAGGUCACUUUGGCUGAUCAGAGUGCCACUUCAUAGGUUGAGUUGGUAUUUGGUUGGUAUUUGGGCUCAUUAGAGCCAAAAAUUAGGAUGCUUGAGCAGCUCUAGUAACCUCAAUAGCCCUGUUGGUGUGAUAUUAGGGUAAAGAUUAGGCUUGAAAGUGUCCCAUUUAAAAAAACAAAACAGAAAAAAAAAGGCACUUCAGCUUUUAGAUCAAGGGAAGGGCAGUGGAGAUCACUCCCUACACCCUCUUUGCAUACCACUACACAAACCAGACAGUGUAAGGUCAGAUGACAGCAGCCACUGCAUAAAUCACUUACUCAUUCAGACUAUACAUAUGUACAUAGCCGCAGCAGCAGCCUUGGUUUCAGUGCAGUACAGCAGCCUGUGAAUUGACUUGAAUGUGGAGUGUAUGUAUUAUUCUUUAGGAUUAGGACAAGGCCAGUUUUUCUUAAAAUUAACGACACACACAGUGGCUGCCAGAGAGAGAGAGAGAGCUUUGAUACAGAAUAUUAUUAGUCGUCCUAAUACACGAUGGAAGAAGAAGCUCAGAAUUUUUAUUUUCAAACUAGAAACACAUUUUCACCCAAAUGAUGUCAGUAAUACCAGACAGUAUGAUUUCAGUAAAAACAUGUUCUCACCAUUUCUCUCUGUUCUUUCCUGUACUCUCAAAGUAUUUUUUGUAAUCUCACACUAUUUUUUGAGGUAAUUGUCUUUGUGUGGUGACCACUUUUGAGUAUCAAUUAUAGAGCUUUGUACACAUAUGCGUUACGUAUUUAAAAAGACAAAACUAAUGUUGAAGAUAGUGUUUAUGUGUUCUGGUACUUUGUCCUUAUCUACCCCUGUAGAUGCAGAUGGAUCAGAUCCCUCACAGUGCUGUUUCCAUGUUGUGGCAUUUUGUUUUGUUUUUCUCCAGAGUUUUAUUCUUAAUAUCUUAUCCCUAAAGUAUCUAUUGAAUCUGCUGGCUGGCUAGUACUGUUUUUGUUCUUGCUUUAAGAAGAUAAAACAAAUAACAACAGGAAAAGAGUUCAGAUUUAAGAUGAAUAUCAGUUUCACUUUUCAGAUAUGUAGCAUUUUGAAUAUUGUUAAGGUGAAGUUUCCACAUAAUCACAUAGUUUUCCAGUUGCAUAUAUAAAGCAAUGGUGCUUAAUUGACCAUGUAUGUGUCAUUUUUAGAACUUUUAUUACAUCUCUUGGAUCCGCUAACACUAUAUUUUGAUGUUCUCAGCUUUAUGUCAUGCUGAAAUUUUCUUUAAAGUUUAUUUUAAUCUAUAUAAUGUGCCUUAUGACUUCAUGGUUGUCUCAACACAUACUGAGUUUGCCCUUCAAGUGCACAGUUUGUUCCCUGCAACCUGUAGAUGACUUCCUUCAACUCUAGGGGCUAUUAUUGCAUUUAAUCACAACUUGACAUUGUAUCUUAUCUGAAAUAGCAUCAAAAUUCCCUUUGGUUCACGGCUUUAAUAUGAAUGUGCAUGUUAAACUUUAGCUGACACCUUAACUCUGUCUCCCGGCAUUUGUCGUCAGUUAACCAGCGAGCAGAGCCUGAUAUUAAUGUGAAAAUUUAGUAGAAGCUUUGUAUUUGUGGGGUCUGCUUACCUUUUGCCAUGAUUAUUGUCCAAUAAAAGUUGACAGUUUUUGUAAUAAUUGGAAAACAUCCAAAAUUGGGGAUAUAACAUCACAGUUGGAAUGAUUUUCAUAAUAACCCCUCAGGUUUUGUAGUCAACAGCUCCUUCAUAGCUUCCUCUGAUACAUUUAUUUUGAUCCGGACAGAACAGCAGCCUAAUCAUGGAACAUACAAUAGAAGCCUUUUAUAUUCAAGUAGAACCCUACUAAAACCCAUUGUAGAUCCCCUGGUGACGAGUCAAAAUUAGUUUACGGUUUUUAAGGAAAUUAAUUCUCCUGCUCUAUAAACGACCUGACAGUAAGUUUGUUGAUGAAAGGUUUUUAGGUUUUGGUGAAAAAGAUUUGACUGUACAGGAAAAGUUCUCAAACAAAGUGAAAGUACCUGAAAUGACUCUUGUAAAGCUGUCUUACAGUGUUGCGUGUUUCUGCAGCAAAAUUGGUGACUCAAAUGUUACAAUAACUGAUAAUAUCCAAAUAUAUAUAAAAAAUAAAUAUUAAAUCCAGGUUGUAAAAAUAAUUAAAAAUUAUAAAUUUAAAUUAAAUUUUUUUUAACAUAAACUAGUCACCUAGGCCACAAGAUGUAUAAUAGGACUGGAGAUAAACAUUAUCCUGAGAGGGGAUGUGGGGAGAUAUGAAAAGAAGUGAUGUUGAGUGACACAUGGAGAGAUCCAUCCUGCUCAGCCUGCCUACUGACGCAUAUUUCUCAACUUGACAGAUCAGUCAUCUGUUUCUACUCUCACUCCCCCUCUCUCUUUACUUGCUUAUAAAACUUGAAAGCCAAAAUUGUUUUCUCUCCAAAUAUGUUAGCCAUUACUUUAGACAAGAGGGCAUUUUUAUCAUUGCUCAGGAAGUUCUUCCUAUUUCAAUGUGAAAAGCCUGCAAAUUGAGCUAUUCCUAUUUGAAAGAUCAUGUAUAGUAUUUAAAGACUUUAAAAUGUUAGUGUUCUGUAUUUGGAUUUCUGAUUAUAGAAAUCAAAGUUGGUUAGAUUAGGUUUCCAGAAAAGCACUUUAUAGCAUGUUCAAAGCAUGUUUUUAAAUUAUUAGAAUUGUUAUUGCAGAUUUACAGUGUAAUAUAAAACUUUUGAACAGUCCCAGAAGUUUAUUUUUGGUGACCAAAGAGGUUUUAGGACUAAAUUACAUGUUCUGAAACAUGCACAUGGAACAAGAACAGCACCUCAAGUGGGCGUUUUAGCAACUGAUAAGAUUUGAACUAAAUUUGUUUUAAAGUGUUAAUGCAUGUGGAAAGAGAUGGCUAGAAGGAAGUUGAUUUAAAAAUAAAAAUCUAGACAGGAGGGAUGUCUGCCCCCCCUUUUAAGCUAGCUUCUGCUCCACUAGUGUUAUUAUUUAAUUUAUACACCUAGUCAAUUUUAACCAAGAUAAAACAGCAAUUAUUUUGUUGCAUUCAAAAACUACACUCUCUGUGAGUCUUAAAGCUUCUAGGAGUAUAGUUUUGGAUCCAAACAUUGUUUUAUCUUUGCUAAAAUGAAGAUGUGAAAAUGUUACUGCUUAAGAGUUAUUGUAGAUAUUUGUUUCUUAGAAUAUGGAUAGAAAACCCCAGGAACCAGUGUCAGCUAUUCAGAAAGACAGAGUAAAGACAAUUAAGAGACAUCCCAUUAAAAAGCAAAACGCUAGUAGCAUAGAUGCUAACCUAAAAAUGGGUGGGGCUUCAGCUCUCUAUUUAAACCCUAGAAGGCUUAUCAUCAGUCGUAGUGCUCAACAUACUGUGCUGCUUGAAGGGUUUCCCCCAAAACAAAAGUUAAGUGACAAAACGUUUCAGGAGUUUGACUCAUUCAUUGCACUUCCACUUUAAAGACAUUAUCUGCAUGUUGUGUCUUGUCUAACAACAAGGUUUUUGUUUUUCUGUAUGGGAUCCAUGUUCAGCUACUUGUAUUCUGUUUUUGUCAAUGUCCUACAAUACAGUUAUAUUAGCUGGUUCUGCAUUUUUUUUUAAAUAUGCUAAAAAUUCAUAUUGAUCUGAUUAUUAUCAUAUAUUAUCAUUGUUAUUACUAUAUGGGGAAUUUAACCCAAUAAGAAGUUUGUGUUUCUGCACUGAUAUCUUAUUAUUAAAGCAUACUGAUCUUAUCCUCCCUUA